AUGUCCUCUCCAGCUGAAUUAUUAGCCGCAAAGCACGCACAAGCGGUUGAAGAUGAAACACCCUCAUCUGCACCAUCUGCCACCUCUUUAGCUGAUUCUCCUGCUUUGAUUGAUUCAUACGCAACUGCAUCAACGGAGGAGUCUUCUCCUUCCACAACCGCUGAUGAAAUUGCUGAAGUUGCGCCAAAGAAGCCAAUUAGAAUGGACGAUGACGCUCAGUUUCCAUCCUUAGGAAGUUCAGUUGCAUCACCAAUCGCGUGGGGCCCAGCAGUAAGCCAAUCGACAUCAUCUUCUUGGGGGAAACCAGUAAAGUCAUUCAAACCUGCAGUUAAAUCCACUUCCACUCAACAUACUUUCAUUAUUGAUGAUGAGCAACAACAAAAUUUAGCUAAUGGUGAAAUUUUUAAAAUUUUUGCAAAGAUCAACUCCACUUUAAAUGUUAAAGUUGAGUCCACUCACUCAAGUGCAACCAAAAAGAGAUUUUUUCUUUUAAAUGGGCCAAUUGAUAAUGUGGCAACGGCAAAAAGGGAACUUAUUAGACAAUUGACCAAACCUACUAAGAUUACCUUUGAAAUUCCUUCCAAGUUGAGAUCUACUGUAAUUGGUUCCGGCGGAAGAACAUUAAAACCAAUUAUUGAAUCCACCUCUGUUAAGAUUGAUAUUGCAAAGGAUAUCAAGGAAGACGACGAAGAAAAGACCCUGCUAACAGAAGAUGAAGAAUUGUUCGGUAAGUCUAUCACUGUCACAAUCGAGGGUGAUAUCCAAGGCUGUUCCGAUGCUAAGGAGCAAAUACUUGCAAUUGUGAAUGAAAACACCAAAAAUCUGAACGUGAAGAUUCCUGUUUCUGAAAAAUUAAAGCCAUUUGUUGCUGCUGAAGUGUCCAAGUUAUCAUUUGCAGGUGAUGUUGAAGCCAUUGCGCCGGAAGCAACAUCCCGUAUUAGUUUUAUUAUGGUUUCUGGUUCUAGAGACGCUGUAAUUGAUGCAAGAAACCAAAUCAAAUCUUUAUUAGUCGAUCUUGACAACCAAAUUAUUGUCAAUGAAGAAGAUGUCCCAAAGAAUCUUCAUCAAUUGAUCGGCACCGACAAGGUAUUGUCUGAAACCAAUGUUGUUAUUGAGAUACCAUCCAAGGAUGACGCUUCAACAAAAGUUAGGUUUAUUGGCGUUAAAUCCAAUAUUCCAAAGGCCAUUGCACUCGCCAAGUCUACGACAUCUGAUUAUUUUGUUGACACUUUAGAUCUUUCAAAGUCUCAUGGUGGAAAUCUCCAGCAUGCAAAAAAUCUGACUGCUUAUUUCACCUACACAAAGUAUUUUGAUGCUCUAAGUUCUGAGCAUGAAGUUUCUGUUUCGGGCCCUAGCUACAAAAACUUAGCUGAUUCUAAUUCCAAGAGCGUAGUUGUUUCUUUUAUUUCGAGUAAAGACAAGAAGGAAAAUGUUAAGAAGGCAAGAAAAGAUUUAAUUGAUAUGGUUAAUAAGAUCACUCCUACUUUUGUUAGGACUCUUUCCGACAUUGACUCAUUCAUUUUCUCUAAAAUUGAUAACCAGGUUGCCAUUGAAAAUAAUGUUUCCAUUGUUCCGUUAGGGUCUUUGGCGGGAGUAACUAACAUACUGAUUUUGGUUGUUCAAAUUAAUGAUGACGAAUUCUUGCCUUCCAUUGAACAAAUCAACCAAAGACUCGACAAUGUUGACAAAUCCUUAGACAAAUUAAGAGCUCUUAACAAGGAGUUAAUCUCUGAAGUUAUUGAAAUUUCAGCAGAAGAUCAAAAACAUUUAGAAGGAAACACACUGAAGAACCUGUUGAACAAAUUUGACUCUAACUCCAUUGAGAUCAAGUUACAUCAAAAUGCAGAAGGCCCAUCUGAAAAUGAAAUUUACUUGAGAGGGUUCAAAUCUGAGAUCAAAAAAGCGGCUGCUGAUAUCAACCAGCUUGUUGAAGAUAUUAAGAACUACGAAGAAGCAUCCAAGUACAAUACUACAAUUGAAUUCCCAACCAAAUACUUAGCCAGAUUAAUUGGUCAAAAGGGUUCCCACUUGAGUGAAUUACAAGAUGAUUUUGAUGUUAGAAUUGAUGUGGUCAGCCAAGAUAAUGAUAAGCUUGAAAAUGCAGAAAUCAAGAUAACUGGAUUGGUUUCCAAUGUGGAAGAAUGUAUUAAGAAAAUUUCAGCACUCAAGAAGAAAUGGGCUGAUGAAACAACUAAGAGUGUUCAAGUCGAGCAAAAGUACUUCAAGCAAUUAAUUGGUUCAAAUGGUGUUUAUGCAAAGAGACUACAAGAUAAAUACAACGUUAAAAUCCAGUUUUCAGAUUCUAAGGAAAAGGUUGGAACUGUUUUGAUUAGAGGACCAUCUAGAGGUGUUGCUAAAGUUGAGGAGGAAAUUAAACAGUUACUUGAUUAUGAAAAAGAACAUGGUUAUUCUGAAACCUUCAAUAUUCCAGCAGAAGCUUUAGCUAGGGUUAUUGGUAAAAAUGGUGAUAACAUAAACGAUUUAUCGAUUGAUUGUGAAGUUAAGAUUCAAUUCCAAACCUCUCAAGCGGAAGCCAAGGAAACGGGAUUUGCACAGUUGGAAAUCAAGGGUUCCAAAUCUGGAAUUAAAGAUGCCAAGGCUAAGAUUGACGAAAUUGUCGAACGUGUCGUCAACUUUGCCACCGAAACCAUCGAAGUCGAUCCAAAAUGGUACAGACACUUGAUUGGUCCUAAUGGUAUGACCAUGCGGGAAACCAUCAUCAAGGCAGGAGGUUCUGCGGAUGACCGUGAUUUUAGACGUUUUAUUCAGUUCCCUAAUAGAGACAGUGACUCCAAGCUCGUUGUCUGUGAGGGUGACAAGGCAGUUGUGGCUAAAAUUGUGAAGUCUAUUCAAGAUACUGUUGCAGACCUUGAGUCUGUUACAGAGGAAACUAUCGAGGUCCCAAAAUCCAAGCAUAGAUUCAUUAUCGGUCCAGGUGGUUCCAUAAGAAGGGAAAUCGAAGCCAAAAAUAAAGUCAGACUUUUUGUUCCUAAACAAGGCUCAGAGAGUGAUGAAAUCAGGAUUAAGGGUAAACCAGAAGGUAUCAAGGAUGCUAUUGCAAAAAUUCAAGAACUAACUGCAGAGAAAAAAUAA